AAUACGGCCCUAUAACGAAAAUCGUAAUUAAAUUUAAAAUUUAAUAUUUUAUUGGUCUUAUUCCUAUUAUACCCCUUUUCUAUUUAUAGCCAUUAGAUCUAAAAUAACAAAAUACGGCCCUAUAACGAAAAUCGUAAUUAAAUUUAAAAUUUAAUAUUUUAUUGGUCUUAUUCCUAUUAUACCCCUUUUCUAUUUAUAGCCAUUAGAUCUAAAAUAAAAAUAAACGAUUUAGAUGAGGGUGCUAACUUAGCACUCUAGCUUCUCCCACAUCCCAAUUAUCAGUUCGUUUACCAGCCCUACGUAUGUGUGCAAGCCGCUUCUUGAUCUAGCUAUUUAUUUCUUUUUAAAUUGAAAAUUAACCCUCCAGAAAAGAAAAGUGACAAUUGCAGAGGUACUGCGGAUUCACAUUCUUUCAGUUGUGCAGCUUCAUCAAUCACCAAAACCUGAGUUAGCGUGGUUACUUAAUUUUUAGUAAUCACGGUGGCUACCUUAAUCUAUACCAUUCAUUAUUUCUUUUUCAUCCUAAUUUUAAAUUAACGACGAAGAUUAUAUUAGGGUAAUUUUAGAAUUAAAAAAUGUACCACACCCGACGUCCCUCCUCCCUCGCGAGAACCCCCUCCACCGCCCUGCUCCCUUCCCCUCCUCUCUCGCAUAAUCUUCCAUCCCUAGCAUGCCCUCUCUCUCUCUCCCUCUCAUUCCCAGAAGCUGUAGCACCAUCAAUGGACGCUCCCGUCCUAGAUCGGGACCUCCCCGACGACGACGAUUCCCCCGGUACUUUCGAAUCUUCCUCCGACGUUGCUGACGGCGGAGCUGGACAAGGCAAUUCAAUAUGGGACGCUCGCCAAUUCAAUGGACAAUUCCCCCCGCCAAUUCAAUGGACGAUUCCCCCGCCAAUUCGCUCGACGAUUCCGCUGCCAAUUCAAUGGAUGCUCGUGUUCCAGAUCGGGACCGCCCCGACGACGACGAUUCCCCCCGCCACUUCGGAAUCUUCCUCUGACGUUGCUGAUGGCGGCGCUGGACAAGGCAAUUCAAUAUGCUGCAUCCCAGAAUCUUCUUUGGUAGUGUGUGCAUUACGCUUUGGUAGUUACCUGCAUUCGUGUUAGUUAGAUGGAGCAUUAUGUUUUAGUAGUUAUUUGCAUUUGGUUUGGAAGUGUUUGCAUUAUGCUUUGGUAGUUUCUCUAUAUUUGUUUUGGUAGUGUUUGUAUUGAUUUAUUUAUGCAAUGGUAUUGUUUUGAUUUCACAGUAGUAGUGGUAUUGGUUGUUUUGGUAUUUGUUUGACUUUUGUAAUGGUAUAGAUUGUUUAUAUUGGUAGUUUUCGUGUAAUGGUAUAGAUUUAUUUCUGCAAUGGUAUUGAUGUUUUUCAAAAUGGUAGUGGUUGUCUAAUGGAUUGGUAGUGAUUUCGUAUUUUUUCUUUUGCAAAAAGAUUGAGAAAAAUAUGAAAAGGAGAUCUGGCUGGAGAUUACGGAAGUGAGAGAAAAAGAAAGAAUUGUAAUUAAUAGAUUUUUGUAACUACCUAAAAUGUAAUUUAUUAAAAUUAAUUAAUUAAUAUACUUUAUUUUUCCAUCCCCAAUUUACCCUUAGUAAUCACGGUGAUUACUACUUUUAUAGUGAUCACCGUAACCACUCCCCCAAAACCUCGAGUGGCUCUUCUCAUUCUCUGCACAGAAGCUACUUCAUACAAGAUCAUGCAUGCCAUUCUGAUAGGAGAUGAGUGCCAAUUACCAGCCAUGGUUCAACCUUUUCUUGAUCUAGCUAUUUAUUUCUUUUUAAAUUGAGAAGGUUAAUAAUAGCAUCACGGAAAAAUGUUAAUAACGUAUGUGAAAAAACUAAUAUGUAUUGUUGACAGCGUUGACAACUCCGUUACGUUGCUCUAAAAAUCUCAAAUCAGAGGCUCCCCUUUUUGUCAUGACAUUUUAGUUACUGGUUAAUAAUUUCAGUAAUAUAACUAAUAAUAGAGCCGCAGAGGUUAAUACUGUGGACAAUACGACCAUUAAAUCGCAUUUUUUAUUGAUAAUUCUAGUAGCGUCAGUAAAAAUGUUAAUAACGUAUGCCUAAUCAUUAAUAUGUACUGUUUAAAAUGUUGACAAAUCCGUUACAUUGCUUUGAAAACCUCAAUCCACCAGCUGCUCAAUCCACAGGCUCCUCCGUUACGUUGACAACUCUGUCGCGUUUCUUUUCAAUGGUAAGUGAUGGACGUAGCGGGCCGACAACAAGUUUGUUAUUACAGAUCUUGGAUUGUGAAUUUGUGGUAUAUCAUGUAGCACUACAAAAAAUGGAUAAUUAUUAUGUUCAAAAUAUUACUAAUGCUGAAAGUACGUUAAUAAUGAACAAAGAUUGUUUAUACUACACGUUAAUUAAACCGACAGGUUAAUACUAGUAAAAAAUUGAACAUGACUUUGAAAAUAUUACUAAUGGAUGAAGAGACGUUAAUAAUAAACUACGAUUGAUAAUAUUACACGUAAAUUCAGCAGACAGAUUAAUAAUAGCACACGCUUAAUAAUAAGAUGAGCCAUUAUCAAAUCAUGCACGAUUGACUACAACACUUCAAAACAUUACAAAUCACUAUGAACUAAAUUGAUAUCAAACUAUAUUAGUGAAUUAAUGUCAAUUACAAACAAAUUGAUAAAAUAAUUACAAAGCGACAAUAAAAAAAUUAAUAACAC